AAGGGGGCGCCCCGAGCGCCCCCCUCCCCCGCUGGCGGCGCCGCGGGCGCCCCGCCAUGGACCCGGAUCACGCGGACGCGUCCUCCAGCCUGCGCGGCCAGCAGCGGCGCGGCGCCCCCGCGCCCCAGCAGGAGGAGGACCAAGCGGGCAGAAGCUGGAGGCGCGCCGGAAGCAGCGCGCGGGACUCGCUGGCCCUGGGAGAAACGCUGGCGAGGAGCCCCAGGAAGGAUCCGGCCUCGGGGGAGCCGCUCCUGGAGACCGACAUCAGGAGGAAGCUCCAGGACAACGGGCGGCUCGUGGAGGAGCUGGACCAGCUGCUGUCCUCCGCUUCCAGGAGCGGGAAGAAGAGGCUGACUUGCCGGCUAGGCCAGCGCGGCAGCGUGCCGCUGAGCGCCGGCGCCUCCCGCACGGUUGAGGUGCAGGCGCCGUCGGCGCUCCUGCUGGAGUGCUCGUCGGAGAAGGGGGCCGGCGGGGCGAAGGUGGCUUUCGACAUUGUCGUCACGGACGCCGAGGCGCACGUGGCCAGCGGACCCUACCGGGCGCAGACGACUGGCAAGACUUUGUACCGGCUGCGUCUCAGUGAGAGCAGCUCCGGCCUCGUGUUCGUCGGCCUGUGCGCCGCGAAGGACUGCCUCGUGAACGUCCUGGCCAAGAAAGACACGGGCACGGACAAGCGAGGCGCCAGCAGGGACUCGGAGUCCGACGAGGAGAAGCCGCCGCGCAGGGUGGCCGACCGCGCCAAGAAGAGGCUGGAGGACAAGCUGCACGCGCGGCGCCUGAACGCUCUCGAGG